ACUACUUGGGUUCAUGGUCUCUAAUAUUUCAGACAGGAGCCCCCUUUAGUGAGUCCUUCUUUUCCUGACUGCAGCUCUUUUCAUUUUGCCAUCCUUUUCCAGCUCCAUGAUGGUUCUGCAGGUUUCUGCAGCCCCCAGGACAGUGGCUCUGACGGCAUUACUGAUGGUGCUGCUCACAUCUGUGGUCCAGGGCAGGGCCACUCCAGAGAAUUACCUGUACCAGGGACGGCAGGAAUGCUACGCGAUUAACGGGACACAGCGCUACCUGGAGAGAUACAUCUACAACCGGGAGGAGUACGCGCGCUUCGACAGCGACGUGGGGGAGUUCCGGGCGGUGACUGAGCUGGGGCGGCCUGAUGCGGAAUACUGGAACAGCCAGAAGGACCGCCUGGAGGAGAAGCGGGCAGUGGUGGACACGAUGUGCAGACACAACUACGAGCUGGACGAGGCCGUGACCCUGCAGCGCCGAGUCCAGCCGAGGGUGAACAUCGCCCCCUCCAAGAAGGGUCCCUUACAGCACCACAACCUGCUCGUCUGCCAUGUGACAGAUUUCUACCCAGGCAGCAUUCAAGUCCGAUGGUUCCUGAAUGGACAGGAGGAAACAGCUGGGGUCGUGUCCACCAACCUGAUCCGUAAUGGAGACUGGACCUUCCAGAUCCUAGUGAUGCUGGAAAUGACCCCCCAGCAGGGAGACGUCUACACCUGCCAAGUGGAGCACCCCAGCCUGGACAGUCCUGUCACCGUAGAGUGGAAGGCACAGUCUGAUUCUGCCCGGAGUAAGACGCUGACGGGAGCCGGGGGCUUCGUGCUGGGGCUCAUCAUCUGUGGAGUGGGCAUCUUCAUGCACAGGAGAAGCAAGAAAGGUGAGAAGACCUGCAGGUUCAACGAGGAUCUGUAUAAACAGGGUUCCUGACCUCACUGAAAAGACUAAUGUGCCUUAGAACAAGCAUUUGCUGUUUCGUUAGCACCUGGUUCCAGGACAGACCUCCAGCUUCCCAAGAGGAUACUGCUGCCACGAAGUUGCUCUGAAGUCAGUUUCUAUCGUUUUGCUCUUUGAUCCAAAGUACUGUUUCUCUCAUUGGGCCUCCAACCAUGUUCCCUUCUUCUUAGCACCACAAAUAAUCAAAAUCCAACAUGAGUGUUUGUUUUCCUUUAAAAAUAUGCACCAAAUCAUCUCUCGUCACUUUUCUCUGAGGGUUUUAGUAAACAGUAGAAGUUAAUAAAGAAGUUCAUUUUGGUUUACAUGUAGGAAAGAAGAGAACCAUGAAAAUGGGGAUGUGUUAACUAUUGUAUAAUGAGGCCUGUUAGACAUGGCACUCUUCUGAAUUGACUGUAUUUCAGUGAGCUGCCCCCAAAUCAAGUUUAGUGCCUUCCUCCAUUUAGGUCUCUGACCACUAUUCUUAGCUAUUCCAUGGUGAGCAGACUGCAAAUCUGCCUGUAUUCACACAGCACUAAUUCAACAUAUACCUUACUAAGAGGAUGUUUUAUCAUUACUAUUAAGAAGUUAAAUUAAUAUCAGAAUUUAAAAUUAUAAAUUUUAUAAAUCUAAUACACUUUAA